CUCCUAAUCAUCGCCGUCCUAGCAGCAAUCGCAUCGCGCCAGACCAAGAUGGCCACGGCAACAUCGCUCCUCAAGUCACUCAUCGUGCCUCCUGCUUCAGGACAAGCUCCCACGGCCACCCUCAUCUUCGCUCACGGGCUAGGCGACUCUGGUGCCGGUUGGCUGGACGUGGCUCAGCUCCUCUCACGUCGCCCUGCGCUUCGUCAUGUCCGCUUCGUAUUGCCCAACGCGCCCGUUCAGCCUGUCACGCUUAACAUGGGGAUGAGCAUGCCCAGCUGGUUCGAUAUCCAUUCACUGGACGACUUCGAGGAGCACGAGGACGAGGCAGGGUUGAAGAAGAGCGCAGCUGCGAUUGGGGCGUUGGUCAAGGCUGAGGUGGAUGGGACGGCAGAGGGCUUGAAUGGGAGGGGCGUACCCGUGGAGAGGGUUGUGGUGGGGGGUUUUAGUCAGGGUGGCGCCAUCUCCUACCUAUACGGCCUGACUGCCUCCCCUUCACCGGCAGGGAUCAUUGGCCUCUCCACCUGGCUUCCACUCCACCGCAAGCUGCCACAACUCGUCAGCACGACCGCAAAGGACAUCCCUGUCUUCCACGGGCAUGGCUCUCGCGAUCCCAUCGUGCACUACAAGUACGGGCAGCGCAGUGUCGAGUAUCUACGCGGCGAGGCGGGCGUGGGGAUGGGAGAGCAGAGGAGCGCCUCCGGGGGCGGUAAGAUGAGGGGUGUGCGAUUCGAGACGUACAAGGGGAUGCCUCACUCUGCUUGCCCGGAGGAGAUUGAGCAUGUGGGUCAGUGGUUGGAGAGGGUCGUGCCUGAGUGAGUCGGCGCGGCGCGUGUUAAGGCGAGGCGAGCAUAGCAUUAGCAUCAGCGAGUAGCGCGGGGCAGCACUGGACAUCUCUUUCCGCCGCCUCUUCGACCUCUUCCCAUUCCCCGCGCGUCCCCUCUUGCUCUUGGCGGCUUGGCGCAUUGAACCCCGAGAUAGACGAUAGAGAAGCGCGGCGGCGACUUUGCUUGCCAUCUUCUAAUUUCAUUCCAUUAGCGCUCGGCGCCAACCACUCUCUUGGCCCUGCAAUG